AUGGCCGAGCCAUCGAGUACCUCCCGCAAAGGUGUGCAAUGUGUGCCCAAGGGCGCACCUCUCUCCGAGAUCCUAGCCCACAUGAAACGUGACGGAGGCGUGAUCAUCAAGAACCUGAUCUCAGAAGAAGACGUCGACAAGACAAAUGACGAGAUCAAAGAGCGUCUCGCCCAAGAUGUGGAGUGGGACGGUGUCUUCUUCCCAAAAGAAACCAGACGCGCCAACUCUAUGAUCGCAGUCAGCCCAACCUACACCAAGACUCAGCUGAUGAACCCGGUUUUCCAGGCAAUCUGUGCACAUUUCCUGAGCACCCGCCACUGGUACUGGUGGGGCGAGCAGCGCAAAGAGUCUGUCUCCAAGCCGUACGUCUCCUCCUGCACCGCAAUGGAGAUCGGCCCCGGGGCCAAAGCCCAGCCUCUGCACCGGGACUCUUUUGUGAACCAUCUCUGGCUGCCCGAGAUCACCGAGUGGGAUGACGAGCGCGAUCAGAAUCGCGAAACAGAGAUCGGGAUGAUGGUCGCCGGGUGUAAGGUCACCAAGGAAAACGGAGGCACAGCUUUCAUCCCUGGUAGUCAUUUGUGGGGCACCGACCGUGAAACCCCGCCCCGCGUGCAAGACACAAUCUCCGUCGAGAUGGAGAAGGGCGACGCAUUUAUCCAGUUCGCGUCCACCUAUCACGGAGGCGGCAGCAACACGACCGCUGACCAGAAGCGGCUGUGCUAUGCCACCUUCAUGGUGCGAGGCUAUCUUCGCCAGGAGGAGAACCAGUUCCUGGCGGUGCCGAAGGAGGUGGCCAGGCAGUAUGAUCGGCCCAUCCAGGAGAUGAUCGGAUACUCUCUCAGUGACCCUGCUUGCGGAUACGUGGAGCAGCUGGAUCCAAUCUAUGCGCUUCGUCCCGAGCUGUUGGGGGAGGUCCGGCCGAAGGAUUGGUGA